UCGGUCUGGGAAUGAGCGCAGCUUUGACGCGCUCCUCUCUUCCUUUCACGCGCGCGUCACCGGAGGCGCAAACGCCGCGCUCAGUCAGAGCCGCGAUGGGCUGUCUGUCGGCCCUGAGGACUGUCCUGCUCCUGGGAAUGGUGACGGGGCUGGCGGGAUGCGCCCCCGGUUUGAACGGGACGGCGGACCACUGGGAGGCCCUCUACUCCCGCUCACUGGCACGGAUCCAAGGGGAGAAGCGGGAGGAGAUGAACCGGGAGAGCGACUACCUCAUCGGCAUUAAAAGGUUGAGGCGCCUCUACUGCAACGUGGGGAUCGGUUUUCACAUGCAAGUGUUACCGGACGGCAGGAUAACUGGAGUGCACAACGAAAACCGCUACAGUCUCCUGCAGAUCUCUCCAGUGGAGAGAGGGGUGGUCACCCUGCUGGGGGUUCGCAGUGACCGCUUUGUGGCCAUGAACCACAGAGGAAAGCUCUACGGAUCCCUACACUACAGCAACGAGUGCAAGUUCAGAGAGAAGCUCCUUCCCAACAACUACAACGCCUACGAGUCGCUGGCCUACCCGAGGAUGUUCAUCGGCCUGAGUAAGAACGGGAAAACAAAACGAGGAAACAGAGUGUCACCUGCCAUGACGGUCACGCACUUCUUGCCAAGAAUCUAGUGGCUGCCUUCGCAGGCCACCUCACGUCUGAGCAUGGGUGGAGGGGGGUGGGGGUGCACUUUCAGUCCAACCUUCAUGUAAGUGCAUCGUAUUAGUUUUCCUACCGUGUACAUAUAUUCUUUUUAAACUUAUGCUGUUUUGUACUUUUAUAGGAACAGAUGUUUUUUCGAUGUGUGUGUGUUAGGGCUGAAGACGCUGACAAGAAUUAUUUAUGUUUUCCUUUUUUAUUUAUCGGACAUACAUUCGCUGCUAUUGUACACACUCUUCUGUUGGAGUGUCAGUCUCGUUCACCCUCACAGGAAAAAGGGCUUCAGCUCACUCAUGGUGCUUGAGGGCUCCAUGGUUUGUCUUGUUUUGUGUGCGUGUUUCAGAUUUUAUGGAGUUGUCAGCAGAAACAAACAAAUUACUGUCUUAAGAAGAAAGAGAAACCUGACACCAGGCACAAGUGUUCUUUGAUGGUUCAGUCUGAGAAGCUGCCGUGACUUCAGGUUACUCCAGUGCUGCCUCAGAGGCACCGACUACCGUCUUUUCUGGACUAUAGAGCGCACCUGUAUAUUAGCCGUAAAUGUAAAGUAAAAAAAUGAUCCAUUGAGCUAGAAGCCGCCGAUAUCUAAGGUGAAACAUGAGAUAUUUACUGCAGGUAUAUGUAUGUGUACCUGCUGCCUCCAGCGCCUCACCAUAGAUUAAGUGACGCUAGGCUAGCAUGCAGCAGCGCAAUUUCUUUCCUAGACAGCCAGCUUGAUGGCCUUCAACUUCAAACCUGCAUCAUACGAACUUCUUCAUGUGGUUUCCAUGAUGAAGAGGCGAGGAUUUGAAAACAAUUACCAGUUAGUAAUUUGUCGAGAAAGAAAGAAAAAGCAGCUUAAGCAAUUUUUCUUUGCAUUGAUUUUUUGUCUAUCUUGUUUUUGAUUCUAAUUCUGGUUAGAGCGCCCCUAGUGGUGGAUGAAAAAUCCACUCAAUAUUUGUAUAAGCCACAUGGUUCAAAACCUAGGAAAAAAGUAGUGGAUUAUAGUCCAGAAAAUACGGUAGUUCUUAAUCAUCAUUCUUCAGAUGAAUGCAGAACUUACAGGUCGUGUGUGUCUGUCAGAAUUGAAACUAAUGCAGUUGUGUCCCAUCAAAGACAUUAGAAACAGAGAAAACUGUGAUAAAACUGAUUCAAUCCAGAAAGCAUCAGCAGCAGAACGGAUGUACUGCUCUACAUAUAAGAGUCAGAGCAGAUCAUGCACGUCCAUAACCAUAAAACAAUGUUUAAAUGUUGUAUUGGGUUUAGUAGCUCUGUCAUUCAAACAAGACUCAGGCCGCUCAUGGCUCUUCCCUCCAGCAGGACCACAGCUUGUUCUGUCGUUCCAACCCUCACCAGUUUAUCCAAAGACUCUGUGGCCUCAGCAGAAGGAGAUCUGCCUCGUCCCAUCCUUUCAAACAGAAAUUUUCAUUUGAAUUCUGUUUUUUCUUGUUUCUGCUGAUGUUGUUGGUCUGGGUUUUUGAAAACCACAAACUGCAGGGCCAUCCAAAGCGCCUCUUAAACCUGGAAGUUAGUGGAACGUUGGAGAGCUAGAAUGCUUUGACCUAUUCAAAUAGAUGGGAUGGCAAGUAAAUGUGUUUGUCAAUGUUAAAAUCCAGAGUGGAGUUCAGCUGGUGUUCAAACCUGCAUCCUCAGUCGGUAAAUGAUGUUGGUCUGUGGCUGUUCACAAAAGCAGACCAGAACUUUUGACUUUCCAAAGCAAAGAUUUUUGGUAGAAACAUCUGGUUGGAACUGGUCAUCUUACUGUUGAGAGAAGGAGAGAAAUGUGGAGAGAAGCAGGAGAGGAGCGUGAGGGGGGGUCAAAGAAAACCCACAACCUUCACUGUGUCUGUUUUUAGCUCCGUCAGGGGGUGAACUCUGAACUUUUCUGCCGUCAAUCUAAGUCAGAUGUAUAUGUCCGAGACAGGAAUCCUCUCUGACAUUAUAUAGGCUGGAGAAUGUAGAGGUUUGUAAGCAAGGUCACUGAGCUGGACACAGACAAUGGCUUCACCAGUGGAUUAAGACUAUUUUAAGUUUUGCCUUUUGGUCCAGAAGCUGCAGAUUGCAACAAACAAGAGAGAGCUGCCUAGUUUGUGGUGCAGUGCAACAUCGGUGAUCAAAUGAUGUUAGAAACGGUCUGGUGUCAUGGCAGUCUUUCCUUGGAGAAUGAGGUCAUCUUUGCUCGCAUCAAAAGUGUCGGAGUGGACUUUGUGAGCGAUUGCAGCCAUUUAAGCUAAAACAGGAUCACUUGUCUAGUAAAUUGGAGGCUGUUUGAUUGUAAUUUUAUGGCCUCACUGGUUGAAGUUUGACUUAAAAGAUGUCAAUGUUUCCAUUUCAACCUAACUGGCAGGUAACAGUAGCUGAACUGUCACGAUCACAAGGUCUAAAUGCAGCUUGAAUUGUUAAUAGUGUUAAAACGUGUGUCUACAUGCUUCCUGAGGCUGCUUUAGUUCAGUGAGAUGAGAAACUGUUUCCCAAUCAGCUGGCUGAGGGUUCAAAUCCUACCCUUAGCUAAAAGUAGUUCACCGCUUUGUGGCUGUUUGAGUAUUUCUGUGGCCGUUCUAAAGAUUAGAUUCCUUCAUGAAAGUCUCAUCUCUCUGCAGACAGGUACGGUGUGGGAAUCACCUGUUCUACCGUCUGUUCUUUUCCAUUUGGAGAGAAAGGUUCCACAUACAACUUUUCUCAUGUUAUACGCUGCCAGAUUGCUUUUAACGCUCAAGCUAAUCCAGAAUUGUUUUCCAAAUAACAGAUUUCCCACUCAAACAAAUGGGUAUAAUUAGUUCUUCUGCAGCAAUUGAUCCACGCACCAGUCAGCGGCCCCGUGGUCGGGGACCGCUGGUCCAGAGUAUAAGCAUAGCAGGCAUUUAGGUUGUGUACAUGUAGUGUAGGACCUAUACUAACUGAAUACUUAUUCAGACUAAAUUGGAACAGUUUAAGCUUACAAUAUAUAGAAAGUUAACUUUAUGUACACUACCUCACUUUUAGCAUAACCUAAGUUUACUAGUACGUUUACUAAGUUUACUUGGACCACUUUCUGCCAAGGAGAGGCUUGAUGGUCACUGUGUCCUUUGGUUAGACACUAAAUCAAAGAGAUAAAUCAACCAAACAAAAUCUGGAAAUGGAAUUGAAAAAAAAAAUCCACCAACAGAGAAUGUAGAUGCUGCUGUCAGGCAUCAGGCCCCCUCCUCCGGCGUACAUGAACAGCGGUGGGAGUUCAGAAGCAGAGCAAAUGGAACUCCACAGACAUGGUUAAGUGUCUGCAGGGAUCGUCUGCACCCAUCAGAGAACUUUACAGAACGGGUCUUUGAGGGUUGAAUCCCAGAGAAAAGCAGCACCAUGUUCCCAGAGUGCUUUGCAGCUGAAGGGAGGGAGGGAAGGGUUGUGUUCGGCAGCAAGCUUUUAUUUCCGGGGCUUGGAUUUCCAGCACUGGAGUUGUGUGUUGAGAUGGACCACCAGAUUUUAGUGAUCCAUGUUUUUAUUUGUUUUGAGAAUUUUCUCAGCUCGUUUACUCGGGUUGGACUUGACUGCCCGGUUUACCCACACUUCUCCUUCCCUCCAAGUCUGAUUUGCCUCCGAGUUCUGGUGCUGGAUUUUCCACUUCUCAUUUCUGGUGGCCAUGUUGUCCUAGUUGUGCCUUGUCACGUCUCAGCUAUCUUUACCCUAUGAUAUACUUUUAGAAAAGAUAAUCAUGGGAGAAAUAUUUACAGACAGCUGUUGGACUGCACUAUACACUCAGCCUAGUAACCCUAUAUUUUUCUUUAUAUAUUUUGUAAAUAUAACCCUGAGUGACUGAAGGUGCUAGUAUUCCAUUGGGAGGGAGAGACAGUUUCAAAUGAACAGAACUGGAGGAAAGUGGCUGACUGAAUGCUGCCAAUGACAUUGGGAUCAUCAAGAUAUCAACAACUAAAUGAUGUAAAAACUUCUUUUUGAAAGAGUCAUUUGCUAAACUCCAGUUUCUUUAAAAACAUUCAGCAUUUGCUCGUAGGAAUUCCUCUAACAACUGUCUAAACAGACUUCCUGUUCCGAUUGUCAUCUAUUGACAGAAUCACUUUCAUCAAGUAACUUUUAGUGCUUGUUUUCAGAAGGGCUGGGUUGAUAAAAUCCAUUAAUCGAUUUGAAUCGAUUUAAGCUUAACAGAUCAAUAAUCGAUUCAUAAAGAUAAAUAUCGAUUUAACACAUAAAGCUAAAGUCCGCUAGCUUGAUGUCAACGUAUAAUAGAAUUCCCCAUAAGACGGCUAAUGCUAACCUAAACAUACAUUACUGACUAAAUGAACAUCUUUAGAAACUCAAAGACAUACAUUUGACAAACUCUUAGGAAAUGUUUUUAAAGUAACUAUUUGUGUUCUAAUACAGUUUGUGGGUUUUU